AUGCCAACUCUCUACCAGGACCGCGCAGGCAUCUCUCUGUAUGACGCACAGUUUGCCAAUUCAGAAUUCGACAGCCACGGUAAGAGAGAAAGAGGCCCAAUUCCUGCUCGAAUCGUGGAGCAGGUCGUCGAUCGUCUAGUCCGAUUUCAAGGUGUCUGCGACGACUUUCAGGUCCCCAGGGAGAAUGUCUAUGUGCUGGCUACGGAAGCCACUCGCACGGCACCCAACUCUGAGGAGUUUCGAGCGCGCAUCACAGAGCGAACGGGAUGGGUAGUGCGGCUUUUAUCUAAAGAGGACGAGGGUAGGAUUGGUGCCCUGGGAAUCGCGAGCAGCUCUCGGGCUGUUGCUGGGCUAGCGAUGGACCUUGGCGGAGGAAGUACACAGCUUACGUGGGUGAUUGCUAAGGAUGGCGUCGUUACAACUUGCCCCAAGGGUUCGUUCAGUUUUCCUUAUGGAGCUGCAGCAUUGAGCGCGCGGUUGGAGCAGGCAAGGCGAGCCGGUGGAAAGGCAGAGAGCGAGCUGAAGGACGAGAUGAAGAGGAACUUCCAGGACGCUUACCGGAAACUCGAGAUCCCAGAAUCUCUUCUCGAGAGCAGUAAAGCUGAAGGCAGGCUUGACUUAUAUCUUUGUGGUGGAGGCUUUCGGGGUUGGGGCUAUGUUCUCAUGAAACAGGCCGAGGUCAGCCCGUAUCCGAUUUCUAUCAUCAAUGGCUUUCGAGCGAAGAGAGAUGAUUUCCACAACACAGCAGCUGUGUUGCACGAGGUCUCUGAUUCUGAGAAAAUUUUCGGCGUAUCAAAGCGCCGUGCCUCUCAGAUUCCAGCAGUCGCUGUGCUUAUACAUGUGCUUAUGGAUGCUUUGCCAACGAUUACGCACAUUCAGUUCUGCCAAGGAGGGGUCCGUGAGGGCUUCCUAUUCGACAAACUUCCACAAGAAGUUCGUGCUCAAGAUCCUCUGCUUGCUGCGACGUUACAGUAUGCUCCUCCCUCCGCAGAUGAAAUCAAGCAUCUUCUUCUUUCCGCGCUGCCGGAGCACGCAGCUCCGAUUGAGGCAUCCCACCCACCGUCCUCAUUGUCUCCGCACUUUGUGACUUCGCUCGCAAAUAUUCUUUUUGCUCACUCUCGAGUCCCAAGAGAGUCUCGUACUGCAACCGCCCUGCAUAGUUCAACGACUGGUCUCUUGGCGUCUACCAACUGCCUAUCCCACACUGAGCGUGCGAUGAUGGCACUUGUACUCACUGAACGUUGGACAGGGGACAUGGCGCCGGCUGAAGAGUCCUACAUGCACCAGCUGAGACGCUGUAUCUCUGCGCAGGAGGCAUGGUGGUGUCAAUAUCUUGGCCGCGUAGCAGCAUUGAUUGGAGAGGUGUAUCCUGCGGGCUGCGUGCCAAAGGAGCAUUGGAGGGUCCAAUUGGCCACAGAAUGGGAUCUAAUCAUGAAGAAGAAGGAAAGACGCGACUUAUUGCGUCUCAAGAUCCAAUGGAACAGCGAUAUAACGGCGACAUCGGGCACCACAGGCGAGUGGCUGCAAGACUGGGCGGAAAAGAUUGAGAAAGCGGGGAAGAAAAAGAGCUGGAUCCGGGCGUAUGGAGUCCGAUUGGAGGUGGUAAUGAGCUAG